GCUAAAUUUUAACAUUUUAAAAUUUGAGUGUUCAAACAUUACAAGAUUCUUAGUACUUGAGCCUGAUCACAAGACCAAACAUAGACAACAGUUUUAUCGACAUUCGUUUUCUGUCAUCAGGUGAUAGGGAUUGGGAGUAAAAUUCCUGAAAAAGGAUUUACGCUAAGAUUUAACUAAAUCGCCAUGUCUGGAAAAGAUAAAUUAGCUAUUUUCCCUUCCCGGGGUGCUCAAAUGUUAAUGAAGGGCCGAUUGGCUGGAGCACAGAAAGGCCAUGGUCUCCUGAAGAAGAAGGCUGAUGCUCUACAAGUCAGAUUUCGUUUGAUAUUGAGCAAAAUUAUUGAGACUAAAACCCUUAUGGGUGAAGUAAUGAAGGAGGCUGCGUUCUCUCUUGCUGAAGCCAAGUUCACAACAGGAGACUUCAACCAGGUUGUGCUACAAAAUGUCACCAAAGCUCAGAUUAAGAUUCGCUCCAAGAAGGACAAUGUUGCAGGUGUUACACUGCCGAUUUUCGAGUCAUACCAGGAUGGCUCCGAUACAUAUGAGUUGGCGGGUCUUGCCAGAGGCGGGCAGCAGCUGUCCAAGCUGAAGAAGAACUUCCAGAGUGCUGUGAAGCUGCUUGUCGAGCUCGCUUCCUUGCAGACAUCAUUUGUUACUCUUGAUGAGGUCAUUAAGAUUACCAACAGACGUGUCAAUGCUAUCGAGCAUGUGAUCAUCCCACGCCUGGAGCGUACGCUGGCGUACAUCAUUUCGGAGCUGGACGAGCUGGAGCGUGAGGAGUUCUACCGGCUGAAGAAGAUCCAGGAUAAGAAGAAGAUUAUCAAGGAUAAAGCGGAAGCUGCGAAGCAAGCUAUGCUGGGCGCGGGCAAGGAUGUAGGCGACAUCGCGAACUUGCUCGAUGAAGGUGAUGAAGAUUUGCUCUUCUAGAAACCGGACAUAGCUGUAAGCCGUAGAAGUCUGGAAAGCAGUCAAAGUUGGAACCAAUGUUUAUGCAAAUGUUUGAACCAACUUUGCCACUUGUAUUGUAAACAUUACCAACCUUUGAAGCAAUUUUUAUGAUAUUACAGUGUUCUGUACAUAAUUUGUUGACAUAGUUACUCAUGUUAAAAUAUAUCUUAUUGCGUAGUGGUUACGGUUUAAAA